AUGACCCACCUUCAGUACGUGGACGACACUAUCAUUAUGGUUGAGCUGAACGAUGCCUUCCUUGCCCAGCUCAAGUUUAUUCUACUCUGCUUCGAGGCGAUGUCGGGCCUUAAGAUUAACUUUGCCAAAAGUGAAGUGAUUGUUACUGGUGUGGACGAGGCGGAAGCUGUGCGAGUGGCCCAUCUUCUCAAUUGUAAGUUGGGGUCUUUCCCAUUCAAAUACUUGGGCCUGCCCAUAUCCCCGGACGUGCUUCAUGCCAAAGAAUUUGCCCCGGUGGUCACAAAGGUGGGCAACAGGGUCCUUCCCUGGCGGGGUAGGUAUAAUACCAAUGCGGGUAAAGUGGCUCUAAUCAAUGCUUGUCUAUCCUCCCUCCCCAUGUUCCUGAUGGGCUUCUACCUCUUAUCGGCUGGGACACAUGCUGGUUUUGAUAAACACCAUGGGGCGUUCUACUGGAACGCUGCGGAUAAUCGCCGCAAAUAUCGCUUUGUUAAAUGGAAGUCGAUGUGUAGGCCCAAAAACCUUGGGGUUAGGGAUUCUUAA